GCCAGGAGAGAGGACUGGCCACCCAUUUAUACAGGAGACAACGUUGAGCUGUUCAUGGUUGGGUUCAGGAGGCACGGUCAUGAGUUUGGAUGGGAUAGUAGCAGGAUGCUGCGGGAGGUGCGAGGAGCAGGCGAGUGGGCACAGCCCCUUGCCAACUUCGUCAGGGAGUCAUUGACCUGGCAGGAUUUUGAGCAGAAGAUGGAGGGCUUGCACCCAUCGCCGCUAGGCAGAGAUGGACGGCCCAUUCGUUUUGAUGCCACUAACCUGUGGGAGUUCCUGAAGGGCUACGACGAGUUUGCAGAUAGCAUCAACGAGCCACCAAGCCAGAGGGUGAGGAGUUUUAUUCUGUUUGUGAGGAAAUACCUCAGGCCGUUCGUCAGAUCUAUUGUGGAGCCUGCCCAGAACUGGGGCCAUUGCAAGAAAUUGCUUUGGAACCACUAUACUCCGGCACGUCAGGCUGACGAGAGGAGUAUGGGAAGAAAGAGGAAGGAGCCAGAAACUGCAGAGAGGAGAACCUCUGAGCAGGGCAUGACCUCAGGAGCUCAGAGGGAUGGCCAGAGGAGAGAGCACAGGUCCCAGAGGCAGGAGAGACGGGAGGACCAGCAUAUUGGCAGGACUCAACGGAAAGAGGAGCAGACUGCAGAGAUGACCCAAAGGGGAGGAACCCAUAGUGAGGUAGAAAGGUUGAGGUUGGAGGGUGAGGUGUUUGAAGGCGAAGAGCCAUYRGAGGYCCUCUCCCUCAGCUUGACUAAUAUAGGGGAUGCUAUGGACAUAGUAUCCACCUAUGGAAUGGCAGACCCUGUGGCAGUAGAAGCCCUCAGGGAAAAGGUGAUGGAGAGGAGAGGUGAAGGAAAUAAGAAUAGAGCAGACGGAUUGAGUCUAGUCGACUGGGACAAAAAUAAUCAAGGAGUGAUCGAGGAUACUCCGCCAGUCGACGGGUUUCUGGACAGUGAGGAGGAUGUGAGACUUCACAUCAACUCCUGGUCGAUGGCCGUGGGUAACUACGUUACUCCUGGACAACCUGUGUGGCUCGCGCCUCCAGGACAUGUACGACGAUCAGAUCUAGUUCUUAAGCCCUACAUUGAGGAAGACUCAUGGGGAGUGUCAAACGUGCAGUGGAUGAUGAAUCUAGCCUUAGCAGACAAAUACCAGUUGCACGAAGACCUACUCAUGAUGGAAAAUGGGGCGCAACAGGUGGAAGGGCACGAGAGGUCGAUAGGUGGGAUAUACCUCUUGGCCAAUGCUCUACUUCAAGACGAGGUGGCGCCGUUGCCGGGGAUCUCGGCUGCCUACCGGGGUCCACAGUGAAGGAACCCAGGUUAAGAGCAGGCUGAUGAUUCAGGCAAAACAACAACCCUUGAUGAAGAAGUUUGAUGAUGAUAUGAGUAUUGUGCUAUCUUCGAUGGCCUAACAAAAUUUAUUUUUGAUU